CCAGAACCAUGGAAAUUUUGCCUUUUAAUAGUGGAUCUUCAGCGCUGCAAAUUGAAUAGAGCCGGCCCUUAGUGUCUUUUCUCUAAUCAAUCAUAGUGUGCAAAGUAAAGGCUUACCUUGGCCUAUACAGUGUAAGUCAUUGUAAGUACUGGAGGUCAGCCUAGGUUAAAGUAUUUUACAACCUGCGAAACCUUUUCAAUUACCCUGGUCCACGAUUUGAUCUGAUCUUGUUUGGCAUGACAAUGAGAGGCAGGAAGUUGGCAUGAUAGUACUUUUGAUUUGGACACGAUUCAAUAGUUUACACCCUUCCUCUUUCGGCCAGGGAGAAUGCCUAGAAUGGAGGGAGGGAGCUACUGAGCUACUGGUCCUUCCCCUCUGGUUGAGUAUAAGACUGCAGCUCCAAGGCCUUACCUUCUCUAUGCCUAGACAGACAGACAGACAAGAUGCACUCCUCUGAGCCCUCACUACACUGGUCGUCUGCCAAAGGAUGUACACUGAAGGUGCUAUGUUGGCGGAGUGUUGGUGUGCUGUACUCCAUCUUGUGCCUUGCAGCUCUACCAGACCAUGCAGAGUCAAGAGCACGUUGUGGAUCUGAACUUGUUGCCCACCUAGAGUUUGUGUGCGGAGACCGUGGAUUUUACAGAGCACCGAAUGGACUUCGGUCCACCCGAGGGAAUGGUCCUCGCCUCAGAGGGAAUGGGACUCGGAUGAGAGGGAAGGGAAUUGUGGAGCAGUGUUGCUUAAAGGCCUGUGACCUGCAGCAUUUGGAGAGCUACUGCGCAAAGCCAAAGCGGAGCCGACGACACGUUCCCCUCACGCCUCAGCAAGUUAUGGAGGAGCAAUUUCAGACUGUUUUUCGGAGGAGAAUAAUGAACCACUGGAAACUUGAGUCAAGUCAUGAUGAAGAGCGGCAGAUCCACAGUGUGCAUCAUCAAAAUAAAGUGCCUUACGGACACCGGAGACCUCAAAGGGUUAGUGCUGAGGGGAACACAGCAAAAACACCAGACAAGGACUCCCUCAGACUCAAGAAAUCCCUUCAAAGCAGCAGCAACAACACUGUGGCCAUUGUGAUCUUUGACCUUUUUUGAGUCCAGCAUUUCAAGAAACUGAGAUGAACAGUCUGAACUGGGUGCAAAAUAUCUCUGAUCCUUUUAUUAUUAGCUGUGAGACUGACAAGUCAAUCCAGUACACCCAAUGCACUUUAAAACUCUAGGCAGAGGAACUAAGAGAAAAAAUGCAAUGAUCUAGUUCUGCUUUGUCAUGUUAUAAAUUAAACAUUAUUUUGGGUAUAUAAUAAAUUAUGCUUAAGUUGCAGGACUUGUCCUGGAAAUGUUCAGUACCCCUGAUGUUCUUUAGCAGCAUGCCAAAUAGUGUACAUUUGUUUAAAUUCUUCUUGCAUUCUAACAAUAGCACAAUUAUGUGAAUGCAUUAUAAAUAAAGGGGAAGAAGUUAUCAAAAACUUGGAUGCAAAUGGAUCUUCCAGCAAGACCAUGACCCCAAGCACACAAAAUCCACAGAGAAACAGUUAAUUGGCUGCAAAAUCAACAUUUUACAAUGGCCAUCUCAUUCUCUGGACUUGAAACCAGUUGAAAAUGUGUGGUUUGUGUUGAGGGCUGUCGAUAAGCACAGAUGAAUAUCAAGGAUCUGGAAAGACUUUGUAUGGAGUAAUGGUCCAAGAUCCCUCCCAAUGUGUUCUACAAUCUUAAACAUUUUAGAUAGGGCUCAGUGUCGUUAUCCUCGCAAGGUGCGGUAUUGAAAACGGGUGUCAAUUUUUACCCCUAACUUUUAGGGAAAAAAAGGUUACUUAAAGUUUCUCUGAACAAUUGUAUUAUAAAAUAAUGUAAAUGUACAAUAUACAGUAGCUCAGUAUUUAAAUUAUUUAUUUUAUACAAUCAUUUUUGCUCAUUUAAGGCUGUCAAUCAUUUCAGACCCCACUGUAUUUCAUAAAUUAAAGCACUACCAUAUUUCAUAUGCAUAUGACUUUUGUAUUGAUAACCUCACUUUAUACUAGUAUCACCACAAGCACUGCAAAUAGCAGCACUGGGUUCCAAUUUAAACAGCAUCAGUACACUUGAUUUGCGUUUAACCUGUAUUUUGUCUCACCAUGUCUUUAUCUUUGAAUAUGAAUCGUAUGUGCCUUAUGUACAGGCCCCUUCUGUGACUUGAUGACUUACUAUAAUUAUUUACUGUUGCCAUGCCUCAGGCCAGGGCUAAUGUUUAUGAAUGGAGACAAUCUUUUUAAAACUAUUUAUUACAAUGUAUCUGCUUUAAAGCCAAAGUGAAGAGUGAAUGAAGAGUGAACCAUUAUGCUGCUAUGUAUUUGAAUGCUUUUUUUUUGUUAACUUUUUUUUUUUUUACACGCCUUUCUCCCCAAUUCCGUGGUGUCCAAUUGGGAGUAUAAAAUAAUGUCAAUGUACAAUUGUCUUGUCUUAUCGCUGCAACUCCCGCACAGACUCGGGAGAGGCGAAGGUCGAGAGCCGUGCGCCCUCCGAAACAACCCAUCCGAGCCGCAUUUGAGUGCUUGACGUAUACAAAAAGUGUAGAUUGCAAUUUGUUCAACGCUUCUUGUUUUGUACUUUGACUACUUUGGAAGUGUUCACAAUAUUUGAUGUAAUACAAUGUAUGCCACCACCUGA